CUCUCUCUCUCUCUGUCUGUCUGUCUCUCAGCUCGUCUCAGGAUGACUGUCACUUACUCCAAUAAAGUCGCCAGUGCCUCCUUCUUCAGUUUCCACCGGCUGCUGCUGCGCUGGAAGGGAAGCAUCUACAAGCUGCUGUACCGGGAAUUCACUGUGUUCGUCCUGCUCUACACCGUCCUGAGCAUCGUGUACAGAUUCGCCCUCUCUGAAGAUCAGAAGAGACUGUUUGAGAAAGUUUCCAUUUACUGUGACAAAUACGCAGAGCAGAUCCCCGUCACCUUCGUCCUGGGUUUUUAUGUGACUCUGGUGGUGAACCGAUGGUGGCACCAGUUUGUGAAUCUGCCGUGGCCCGACAGACUGAUGUUCCACAUCUCCAGCUGUGUUCAGGGUAAAGAUGAAUAUGGCCGCCUCCUGCGCAGGACGUUGGUUCGAUAUGUCAACUUGACGUCGCUCCUCAUCUUCCGCUCCGUCAGCACCGCCGUCUGCAAACGAUUCCCGACCAUGGACCACGUGGUGGAAGCAGGUUUUAUGACUCCAGAGGAGAGGAAGGUCUUCGACGACAUCCCCUCACCUCACCUGAAGUACUGGAUUCCUGUGGUCUGGUUCUCCAACCUGGCGUCUAAAGCUCGACAAGAAGGACGCAUCCAGGACAGCAUCGACCUGCAGAACAUUCUCAAUGAGAUGAACCUGUUCAGGACUUGGUGUGCGACUCUGUUCGGCUACGACUGGGUCGGCAUCCCACUGGUCUACACACAGGUCGUCACUCUGGCUGUUUACACCUUUUUCGUGGCUUGUCUAAUCGGUCGACAGUUUCUGGACCCGACCAGGGGAUACCAAGGUCAUGACCUCGACAUGUACGUGCCCGUCUACACCAUGCUGCAGUUCUUCUUCUACUCCGGCUGGCUGAAGGUCGCGGAGCAGCUGAUCAACCCGUUCGGAGAGGACGACGAAGACUUCGAGGUCAACUGGAUCAUCGACAGGAACCUUCAGGUGUCGCUGUUGGCUGUGGAUGAAAUGCACAUGAACUUUCCUCACAUGACCAAAGACAUUUACUGGAACGACCGCGACGCUCAACCACCGUACACGCUGGCUGCUUCCGACUACUGCAUCCCCUCAUUCCUCGGCUCCACCACCGACAUGGGACUCUCAGAUAUUCUCCAGUUUGACGAGGCCGACGUUAGCGACAGCAGUCCUCGGCAGCCCGAGUCUGUACUGACCCGGCGCCAAGAGUCGGUUCUUGGGCGAGUCCGCCGGCUGAUGAGCGUCCAGGAGCCUCCUGAACUUCGACCUCCUCGACCCAUCUUCAAACGGCACAGCAGUGAUGCCACAGGAAGGGUCUUCCCAGACGUCAGGCUCAGUCCAGGUGCAGGUGGCCUGGCCCCAACCCCCUCCCUGGUCACCCCCCCUCCUCCCAUGGACACCUUGACCACAUUGAGGGAGGUCAACAGUAGCCCCUUUCUUCUCAUCAGCCAGCCAGUGUUUGAAGUCUGGAACAAGAUGGAUUCUUCUGUCGACGCCGAGGUGGUGAACGUCCACAACGGUUUGGAUCCUUCCUCCACGGAGGAGGCGCCAGGCCUGGAACAUCCAAGGGCCAGUUCCUUGGUUUGUUGCUCCCCCACUCAAUUAGGACCGAAGGAAUUCCAGUGGACAGUAACAAAUAUCCAAAAUCGGCAAUCGGCUCGACCCCGAAGGCGCCAGUUCUCCCUGCAGUUCUCCAGGCAGACGUCAAAGUGGUCGGUUCGCAGCCUGCCGAGCCCCAAUGGCCUGGGGAGGCGUAGGAGAUGUCUGGUUCAAUUCCAGUCCAGAAGAUCACCUGGUCCACCGAGCGCCACGCUGCAGCUCCCGGACCCCGAGCAGGACCCCGGCUUCCAGGGAAUGACUGAGGGCGACAAGUCCGACAGAACCAACAACAGCAAGGACAUCGAAAACAACAACUUCCAGUCACACCGUUCAGGAGAGAACAGAGAAUCACUCACUUAGUAACAGAACACUGGGCCAACAGAGCCAAACAGAACCAAACAGAACCAAACAGAACCCAACAGAACCCAACAGAGCCAAACAGAACCCAACAGAUCCAAACAGAACCCAACAGAACCCAACAGAACCAAACAGAACCCAACAGAGCCAAACAGAACCAGUCACUGAGCUGACGACUUCAAUUCUUGAACGAUAUGAAGCCUUAAGCUUGAUUAACUGUUCAGGUUUUUUUGUUACUGGAGACAAAAAUAAAUCAAAUUUGGCAUAAAAACUAUUUUGGAUACCACCUAGUGACUAGUAGAGGAACUGAAGGUAAUCCACACCUAAUCCUAUUUUACACAAGAAUUAGCAGCCAUGCGCAGGUUUUUAGAAUGUGGUUAUAUUUUUAAAAUGUGUUUGAAUCCUUUCACAUUGUAAGUAAAGGAGUUUUCUCUUUUUCCCCUGUGCAUCAUGGACAUAUUGGAAAUGAGGCACUGUCUCACCGCGCUUUCUCCCAGGUGUCUCUUUUCCAUCAGUUCUGAUCGGAGCCGAUUUGAACCCGUGAACAAGUGGAGUCCUCGACCCAGACGUGAGACAUGUGUCGACUCACAUCGCAGACAACAGACACACACAUUAAUGGGUUUUUAGAAAAGUGAAAAAGGUGUUUUAAUCUCCGACUCCACAGACCAAACCGAUUCCAUCGUGUGCUGCUCCUCAGGAUUAUUGACUUUAAAAGUUUCUAGAAAAUACUUUUGGAACAAAAUCGGCUGU